AUACUGAAGUCCGCGGAUCUCUCAUCGAACCAGGCACUCCAGAUUGUCCCUGACCUGCUUGGAGCUAGAUCAGCGGCUGUGUCUGAGCCUGAGCUAAAUGCGUCCUCCGUAUCUCCCAGCAGCUUCAUGUAAGCAUCCUGAGCACCAAAUAUGUUCAUAGUUUUGUUCCGAUUUACCAGGGUCCGACCCACCGACCUAGUUGCGGCCUCGCAGAACACGUCGGAUGCAAUCGAGUUCACCGUCGGCAAUAUCCUCACCCGCGAGGCACUUCCAACGGAAGAUCUCCGUUCGGUGGUUGCGAGGGUUGGUUGCGAUCUUGGGUGUCUCAAAGGUUAUCAACCAUGUCGGCGGCAAGCGGAAUCCGCGGGGUCCUCAUCGGGUGGCUGGAUUCUGGUUUACUUUGCAAGCACUAGCAAGGCGCUAGUAGCGCUCGUGAAAACUCCUGGCUCCAACGUGUGGAAGUUCAGGGUAAUCCGAUGGACUGCAGAAGAAUCAAGGGAAUCACUAAUCCCUAAAAGAGUCGAGCUGAGUAACAGUCAAGGUUUACCAACAAGAGGAGCCCGCCCUGGUCGGGUGCAGCUCACUGCACCUAGCGGACGGAGCCGAGCCAGCCUUGCUUCCGAAGCAAUAUUGUUGUUCAUAGAGACGUACACAAUAUUGUGAGUGCACGAGGCAACAUGUUUAAUUGGUUCACUACCAGAACUCAAGAACAACCGCUUUUGGAGAGCAGAGGCAGUGCGAUGCUAGUUGACAAGUCGGUCGCCUUGAGACCAAGUAAGGAAUCGGAUGACUAACUAACACAGGUAUGGGAGCAAAAAAAAAGAUGCGCGAGGUCGCGAGCCUCACAAGCACUCGAGGAUCGAACUGAUGGCGCGGGACAUCCAAACACUGAAGCCAUUGGGGAUAGAAUCGGCUAGCUUUCAC